AUGAUCACCACGCUUUCAACAGUUUUUUAUGUGAUAUCCCUGGUUGAAGAUAAAAAUUCUAAAUAUACCAUACAGAAAGGCCAAGCCAUUUCCCGAAUAAAUAAUGAUGGAAAUUUCCUUAUUUAUAAUUUUACCUGUUGGAUUCCCCUUUCACAAUCUGAAGACACUGCUGAAUUUUUACCCUUACAACCUUUACAACAAGAUUUCGUCUAUCAAAUCAUUGGUAAAUUCACUUUAUCACAAGACGCUUCUAUUAAUAUAACCAUCACUACGAGUAUCCCGCUAUCUCUGUCAGAAGAAAAUAUCCCUAUUUCAAAACCCAUCAUUUCUUUAGUUGGACACAUCAACGCAGAAGCAAGUCUAACAGAGUCGACAUAUCAUUUACCUCUUCUAGUAAAACCUUAUAUAUCUGCUGAUUCCUACAAUCCGAUAACGAUAACCUUGCUCCAUCCCUCAGACGGAUGGUUGAAAAAUUCAUUUGCAUCCGCAAAAAAAUCAUCGCUCAUACAUUGUAUUGGAAUUCUAUUCAUUAUUGACCAUGCAAUGUACUGCAAGACUUUAGAAUUCCAAUUUAUUGGCACUAAAUCAACAACUCCUUCAACUGUGGCACCCCCAUGGAAGAUAAAACAAGAAAACAGCAGUACAUCUGCUAGAAACACUAUCGAAAACCAAGUGGCGGUCAUACAUAAAUCCAUAUCGCAAUCACCACCCGAACCACGAACAAACGAGCAGAAAACAUCGACUUCCAAAAAAAUCAAGGUUUUUAAAAUUGCAGACAUCGCAAAAUCUUUACUCACUAAAAAAGUGGAAACUUCUUCUGCCGUAUCGUACAAUAAUGAAGAUCAAACAUCGACUGAGAAUGAAACCAUUGACGAAUGUACUCACCCUCCACCAGCACAAUCUGAUCCUCCUGCAAAGCGCACUCGAAAAAGAUCAUACAACAAAAACAAGUAA